UUGGUGAACUUUCGCCCCCUGUCCAGCGCUGGAGGAGGAGACCACCACCCUUGCACCCUCUCUCCGCCUGACCCCUCCGCAAACUCCGCACCUUUCCCCUGAAGCCCCCCCCCCCCCUCCCCGGCCACUGACUCCAGUCCACAUCUGGAUCCAGGUGGAGGAAGAAACAUUGGAUCCAAUGUAUCCAAUGUAUCACAAAAACAGCAUAGUUGGACCAAGUUAUCCAAGUUUGACAUGUGAUCUCUCAUCGCCUCAGUCAAGCGCACCAUGCACCAUCAGGCAGCUGUGUGGAACAUGUGGGAGUCAGCCAACACCCACACAACAUUACCAGCAAAGGGAGUCUGUGGUCAUUGCGCCUGGAUAUACAUUGUCUCGGACCAAGAGUAACAUCAGUGUCUCUCUGUGUGAUGAAUUCUUCAAUCGACCUAAGCCUGUCAGGACAAUUGUUCCAAGGGCUGAAUCGGAGAAGGACACGGAGCAGCUGAUCAGAGACCUGCAACAACAGAUCAGUCAGCUUGUACAUUUACUGGAACAAGAGAGUCACAAACAAAUGACCCUUGAGAAAAAGUUUCAGAAUGAGAACAGGGAGACAAAGUUGUUGUUGCAGAAGAAGCAUGAAGAAGACAUGAGUGAAAUCGCGGCCAUCCAUGCUCUGGAAAUCACGGUGAUAAAGGAGAAAUAUGAAGAAGCGAUGGUGGAGUACAAAAUGGAAGCAGAGAAGCAAUACGCUGAGCUAAAGGGACAAUUUGAUGAUGCACAAGCUGCAUUUAUGUCCUAUAAGGAAUCCAUCAUUGAAGAAAUGAAUGAACACUGGGCUCAGAGAGAAGCUGAAAUGAACAAGAAAAAUGAUCUGGAUAGGAAAAAGGAUCUGGAUGCGCAGGCGAAUGAAUUAACAGAUAUAUGUAACACAGAGAAAAAAAUAAUGGAAGACCAGUUUCAAGAACAGAUUGCUGCCUUGCUUGAGGAGCACAGGACCAAGAUGGACGUGGCUGCUAACAAAUAUAAUGCUAUGACUGGCGUAAUUGAGGAGCUGUCCAAAUCUAAGCACGAGAUCGAGCUUCUGCAGGAAGAACUGGAAAAGACGACAAAAGAGCUACAGUAUCAGAUUGAAAGCCUAUAUAACAUCACAAGUCAAUUACAGAUGACGGAAGCUAAGCUGAGCGAAUUCGAAGGACUUUACAAGACAAACAUAGGCAGUUUGCAGAAGAAAUAUGUGGCUUCCAUUGAAGCUUUAGAGAGUCAAAACAUUGAUCUGAAGCAACUAUUUGCUCUCAAAGCUGAAGAGUUAUGUGUCCUUAAGGCCAAAAUGGAUGACCUGGAGAGACAAAAACAUCUUAAAAUGAAAGAAAAGCUCCUGUCUAGUUUAGAAGAUCGAAGCAAAGUCAGUGCAAGUAACACAGAAGGUGCAUUGCAACCAGAACCUCCUCCAGUUCCUCAAACAGAUGGCAGCAAACCUCAAGGCUAGAACUUGUCCAUGUGCAUCAUGGACCAAAGGACUGAGUAAAAGAUCAGCAGACACUCCAUGGUACAUUUUAUUUGGUUGAAAUGUACAAUUGCCGAAUGGCAACAUUGUUUUGUAAACAUAAUAAAUUUAGACUUCAAUCAAAACUA